GAAACGGGUGUUCCCCACGAAUGUUUGUUGUGGUCGCGCGACGGACCAACGGCCGGAGCGGAGCGCGCGCUCGGAAUGGAGCGCGCGCGUAGGGGGUCCAGGACGGGACCGCGCAACCACUGCCAGCGCUUCGACUACAUCUGUCUCAAAAUUACGCUCAUCGUUUACUCCACUUUCUUCUGGUUAAUUGGAACUUUCAUCCUUUGUAUUGGCAUAUAUGCAGAAGUUGAGAGACAGAAGUACAAGACACUGCAAGGUGCCUUUUUAGCUCCAGCUAUAAUCCUGAUUUUGCUGGGAAUUCUGAUGUUUGUGGUGUCGUUUAUUGGUGUUUUAGCAUCUUUGCGGGACAACUUGUGCCUUCUGAAAGUGUUUCUCUAUACACUUGCAAUUGUGCUGAUACUGGAAUUGCUGGGUGGAGUUGUGGCAUUGAUCUUCAGGCAUCAGACAUUAGACUUUAUAAAUAAAAACAUCCGUAAAGGCAUUAUACAUUACUAUGAUGACCUGGACUUCAAGAACAUAAUGGAUUUUGUUCAAGAGGAGUUUAAAUGCUGCGGUGCAGAGGAUUUCACUGACUGGUCACUGAAUAUGUACCAUAGUUGUGAAGGACAUGCAGCUGGGCCACUUGCUUGUGGUGUGCCAUACUCUUGUUGUAGACGCAAUAAGACAGAUGUUGCCAAUACAAUGUGUGGUUAUAAAACGCUUAAUGAGCAACGUUCCACUGUCCUUCAAAUCAUCUAUGUUGGUGGGUGCACGGACGCAGUGUUGAAUUGGUUCUUGGGACACUAUGCAGCCAUGGCUGCCAUCCUAUUUGGUAUAAUAGCACCACAGUUUUUUGGUGUUUUAAUAACUUGGCUGUAUAUCAGCCGGCUGGAAGAUAUCAUCUACGAAUACGAUGCCAUGGAUAUUGGACUGAUGAGUGGACCAUCUUACAGACACUAUGGAGGUGCAAGCACAUCAGGAGCAGGGUGCUGUUGGUGUUUGCCUACUCUUGACGCUGUUGUAUGAAAUUUGUUGUAUGGGAUAAUUAUAUCAUGUUAUAGGUGUCUCAAGGAGCAGCACAGGCUGUAAUACAAUCCAGGGGUUCCAAUAGUGUUUAAAGAGUUUAUAUUGCAGCAGUUUAAGACAAUCUAAGUUGACCAGAAAAAACAUUUUGGAACAGAGAGUAAACUGAGCAGUUUUGCGUGGAGAUCAGAGAUAAGAGUCGGUGUCCAAAUUGAAAUCCACCUUUUAAGUUUUUGGAUUCGGAAGACCAGGGUUGUAUUACCAACGUUUUCUGUACGCUCCCUACAUUUCGUAUUACUUAACGCUCUAAAACUCCCAUUCCCAUUUAAUAUACAUGAUAUCUCACUACACUUUUUAAAGGUGCUGUCCUGUGAACAACAUAUUUUGGUUUCAGGCCAAAUAUGUCUUGUUUUGUCAUGGUGCAACCUUGUAUUUUUCUACCUCUCUGUCCUGUUACUGCUCCUUUGAAAUAGUAUAACUAUUCCGAGGUGCAACAGGUACUUCAUCCAUGUAUUUCACCGUCGUAACCCUGAGCGCCAUCUUACAAAUUGAGACAAGAAUUGGAACCAUUCUAUUUUGCGCAUUAUGAUCAUGGGUGAAUUGCAGAUGUAACCACUCCUUCAGUUGGACUUGUCUCCUCAUAACUGUAUUCCAACUGUUUUGCACAAACAUGGGCUUGUGUAGUUCAUUUAAACCAAUCUGUGUUCCACAGGUGAUCAUUCAGGAUUUUAGGCUGACACGCAACCUGUUGUCUUUUAAUAUUUUUUAUAGAUUUGAUUGUAAUGUGUAUCUAAUUGUUAAAAGGAUAGACAAGCAAUGACUAAUUGCAAGGAUUUUUGCCAACUACACAUGAGAAAAAUCCCAGGUAUGAUUUUUUUUCAUCCAUUACGUUACAGCUGGUGAGAAACUAUUUACAAGUUUAUCAGAGGCAAACACAGAGAAUUCUGAAGAAACUCAGUACCUCUUGACAGUAUCUAAGGAGAGAGAAACAGAGUUAAAGUUUCAAGUCUAGUAUGACUCUUCUUUGGAAAUAGACUCAAAACAUUAACUCUGUGUUUCUCUAUCCUCAGAUUCUUAAAGAUCUGCUGAGAUUCUCCAACAUUCGCUGUGUUGUUUGAUUUCCAGCAUCUACAGUAUUUUGCCUUUAUUCGAAAGUUUAUCAAAAGUUUGGUGUGAUUUCAAGUUUUCAUGGUUUUUUUUGCAAAAUUCAUUUUCAUGCCGCAGAAUGAACAGGAGGUGCUCCAGUACCACACUUGCAAGUUUCCAAACAGUCCAAUUCACUCAAGGAUUUUGGACCCAACAACAUUCCAGCAGUAGUACUAAAGACAUGAGCUACAGAACUUGCCGCAUCCCCAGCUAAUGUAUUCCAAUACAGCUGCAACACAGUUAUCCACCCACACAAUUUAGAAAAUUGCCUAGCUAUGUCCUGUACACAAAAAGUAGAACCAAUCUAACCAGAUGGCACCGUGGCUCAGUGGUUAGCUCUGCCACCUCACAGCGCCAGGGACCCAGGUUCAUCCCACCCUUGGGCGCCUGUCUGUGUGGAGUUUGCACAUUCUCCCUGUGUCUGAAUGGGUUUCCUCGGGUGCUCUGGUUUCCUCCCACAGUCCAAAGAUGUGCAGGCUAGAUGGGUUGGCCGUGCUAAAUUGCCCGUAGUGUUCAGGGGUGUGUAGGCUGGGUUAUAGGGGAGUAGGUCUGAGUGGUAUGCUCUAAGGGCUGGUGUGGACUUGUUGGGCUGAAGGGACUGUUUCUACACUGUAGGGAUUUUUAGAAAAAAGAAAUCAACAAUUACCAUCUCAUCUGUCUACUCUUGAAUAUCAGCAAGUGAUGGAAAGAGCCAUCAAUAGCGCUUUCAAGUGAGCAUCGUUGUGGUUGUUGGAAGUCAGUCAUCUCAGCACCUGGAUGUCAUUAUAGAAAUUCUUCAAGGUAGUGUUAUAGACAAAGCAAUCUUCAGCUGCUUCAUUGCUGACAUGUUCUUGACUAUAAUGUCCAAAGUGGGGCUAUUCAUUAUUGAUUACGCACUUAAUACCAAUCUCGAUGAUUCACUUACCAAACAAGUGUCUAUCCGUUUGCGAGAUGGAUAGCAUUUGGGCUCAGGCUGGUAUUUGGCAAUUUGCAUUCUUGCCAGACAAUGACAAAUUCCAACCAGAGAGAAUCAGACUCUCUGUCCUUGAUAUUCAAUGGCAUUACAUUGCUGAAUCCACCACUGUCAACAUCCUGGGAUUUAUCAUUGACCAGAAACUGAAGUGGAGUAGCUAUAUAAAUGCUGUGGCAACAAGAGCAGGUGAGAGGCUGGGACUUAGGAAGCGAGCAACUCAUCUCUUGUUUCCUCAAAGCUUUGUCCACCAUCAUCAAAGCAUAACUCGGAAGUGUGAUGUAAUACUCUCCUCUGACCUGGAUAUGUGCAUCUCCAACAGCAUUCAAUCUCAAUAGCAUCAAGGUCAAACUAGUCCAUUUGAUUGGCAUUGUUUCCACAUUCACUCUCUGUAACACCAGCACGUACAGUACAGGGACAUGGAAAGAUAGGGCAGUCGAUAACAUGGGAAUACUACCACCUACAUUCUUCAUCCCCCCGCCAAACCAAAAGCAGCAGUCCUCUUGACUUUGAACCAAAGUACUGUUCCUUCACCAUCACCAGGUCAAAGGUCCUGUGAAUCCCUUCUUGUUAGCAUUUUGGGCAGACCAAAGACCACAUGGAUUACAGAAGACAACAGCUCAUCACCACCAUCUUGUGGGCAGUGAAUGCUGAACUAGUUGGUGAUGCCCUUAUCCUGUGAAAAAAUUGAGCAAAAUAAAAUUGCAUAUUUCCUUUAACUAAAACAUUACACUGUUUAAAGCAUUUUCCUGAGACCUAUGAUUUCAGAUUUUAUUAAAAUUAAAUAUUAAUGGUUUGUAGAUUUCUUAAAAUUAAAUUCCACAGACUGAACAAAAUAAUGGAAAAAUUAAAUUCAAUAUGCUCAAAAGAAUAACUGAUUAUUUUGUUCAUUCUUAGAGUUUAGACAUUUUCGUACUGAUUGACUUAAUUUAUUUUGCUUAUGAGGUAUGAUCUGACUAACUGUGAGACAGGCAUUUUACGACGCUAAGAUCUUCCAUCAUUUUCACCUCUUGCCCACUUCUUUGAUCAUGAGUCUUCACUGCUGUCUGGGAUCCUGCCUCUUCCUGAAUACUUCUCUAGCCUCUAAUCCACUCUAGAUCAUUUUAUUGACAACUGAUCCCCUCACUCACUGUCACCUGUCUCAUUUUGAACUUUAAACGGUCUGUUCGUAGAAGCCCAAUGUCCAACAUGGUCACCAAAUUUUCUGAAUAAAAGCCCAAACUCCAAAUAGCCCAUUGCUACCUGUGACGAUGCUGUCACUUUAAAAAUGUUAUUUUGUCCUGGGUAUUUUUUUGAACAAAAGUUGUAAAGGCAGAGAUGGAAAACUGGCCACUGGAGGUGGCUGAAGUAAACAGCUUGGGAGGUCUUUAACAACAACCACAGCAACAAAAAUGGAGAAAUUGCUGGAAAAGCUCGGCAGGUCUGGUAGCAUCUGUGAAGAAAAAUAUCAGAGUCAAUGUUUCAGGUCCGAUGACCCUUCCUCAGAACUCAGUACAUUUUUCCAACUGGCCUGAAAUUGACCAGGAUAUUCUCAUUGGUGUCUGUUUUACAAGUCAUGACAGCCUCUCACGUAUGUUUCAGUGCUGCACAAUGCAAUGUGUUGAAACACUCACUGUGUGUUGCUUAAGCAGAAUAGUACCGGAGUUUUAUUAACAUUGCUGUAAUCUCAUAUCUGCCAUAGGGGUAGUGGCAUGAUGACAGUUAUACUUCCACUACCUACAUAUUUUUGACUCAAAUAUAAAAUCGGCAUACCACUGUGUAUCUACCCUAAACCAGAUGUUCUAACUUUGCUGCAUAAAGAAAACAAUUUUUAAAACCUGCAAGAACAGUGACAAGCAUGAUUCUCUAACCAAGCAAUAAUUAAUCUCAGAACUACAUCAGAUUAUAUUUUCUUCACUGACUCUUGUGGCCGUAAACAUUUCAGUCAGAACAGCAACCUUUUGGACUUCUCUCUGUCCUAUCAACUGAUUAAAUGCAAAUGAAUCUUAAAGCCAUGACCAACACAAAUGCGAUAGUCAAGAAGGCACAAUAACACUUCUUCUCCUUCAGGCGGCUGAGCAAAUUUGGCAUGUCCAUAAGGUCCCUCACCAACUUCUACAGAUGCACCAUUGAAAGCAUGUUGUCCAGGUGCAUAACGGCCUGGUAUGGCAACUGCUCUGCCCAGGACUGUGAGAAACCAGAGAACGUGGUGUGCAUAGCCCAGACCAUCACAGAAGCCAACCUUCCAUCCAUGGACUCUACUUACACGGCUUGCUGCCAUGGAACGGCAGCCAACAGCAUAAAAGAUCUAUCACACCCUGGUAGUGAUCUCCUACAAGCUGUUCUGUCAGGUAGAAGAUACAGAAGCCUGAACACACACACAAGCAAGUUCACAAACAGCUUCUUUCUGGCCUUCAACAGACUGUUGAAUGGACUCUAGCCUGAAAAAAUUAACCUGCACUGCAACCUGUAUGCUUCUAAGUCUUUUUGAUCUGUGCAUCAUUUGCUAGCUGUGAUCUACCAGUACUGCUCGUAAAACAAGCUUUUCACUGUAUUCCAGUGCAAUGUCAAUAAAUCAGUUGCACUUUACUUGCUGACCAAUUCACUGUGCUUUAUUUGUUCCCUUCUUUAUAAGAUAGCUUGUCUUAUGGCUUACCAGGAGCAGCAUCUUGAGAUCCAGCAGUAUUCUGUUCAGUGUUGGUGUUACAGUUUCUGUUGCUGCAACCGGCUGGUACAUGAUCAACAAGUGCCACCCUUUGGAUGAGACUUGAAAUCAAAGUUCUGUCUACCUGUUCCAAUGACUUCAGAGCAUGAUUAAACUUCCAGAACAUUAUUGAAAGUAAGUUGAGAGAUUUCUCUGAUACCAUGGGUCAAACUUUCCAACACCACCAAGUGCUGAUUAUCUUUUCAUGAGGACCUCAGUCACUCAACUGAAUAAAAUAUUUAAUUUGCUAAUUCUAUCAUCAGCAUCCUCUGCAGUACUCCCGCAUGUAAAUCCUUUGAUCCAAUGCCUCAUUCCAUAUUAGCGAAAAGAAUUCUCUCAGAUAAUGUUGAAAUACAGUGAAGUCAGAUUAAAUACCUUGGAACUAAUGAGUGUAUAUAACCUAGUAACAUUGUAAGUAUUUUUAAUCAAUCUGGUGAGGCUUGAACGUGUAUUUUCUAAUCCAUAGGUAGGGAUGCUACUAGAGCCCUCUUAGUGACGUUGUACACUGUGUGUUUCCUCAAACACCAACCCUGACCCCCACACCCCGUGCUCCUUAUGGAAGUUACUUCACUGUUAGCAGUAAGUAAAGAUAGCUGGGUGAUAACAAAGUAAAGGGUUACAUUGCAAGAAGUUAUGAUUGUGCUUCAAAUAGCGCCAUAGUAUCCUGACAUUCACAAGGUCCUGACAGCAAUCUGAUCUGUAUCUUCUUCUGCCACAACCUGCUACUGGGCGUGGCUUCCCUAAGUUUAUGCUUCCACUGGAGAGCAAGCCUCUGAGCUGCAAUGUAUUUGUGUCUUACCUGCUCAUUACUCAAGAAUCAUCACCGGUGUCAGUACUCUGCAGUAAUUGUGGGCUUCUCUGGACCUAAGAUUAAGAACAUUUCUCCAGCUGCCACGUCCACCUCCCUUCCCUCUAUCAUAAAUCAAACUUCCCUAAGAUUUGUCCUGCCCUAACCCUGAAGUCUGUUGUAGGAGUAUAAGUUGUCCACACUGGACUGGAUAAAUUGGUUAAAAUAAAUUGUGGAGAUUUGGUGGCAGAUAUUUAAAGAACUACUUCAUCACCUUCAAUAAAGAUACAUUUCAGUGAGGAAGAAAGACUAGCAGAAAUAUAUGCCAUUCCUGGCUAACUAAGGAAGUGAAGUGUGAUAUCCAAAUGAAACGAUGGCAUGUGAAAAUUAGUGGUAGGCCAUAGGACUGGGGAAGCCUUAGCAAGGAUUACUAAAAAAUUAUAAACAGAAAUGAGACAACUCAAGACAUAAGAAUAUUAAUCCUACAGCUAUCCAUGGAGUAGAUGAACAUCAGGCAACAGGAAAAGAGAAAUGCUGAAUAAUCACAGUCACUGAGUACUAGGAAAAAUAAUGUGACUAUAAACUGACAAGUUCACUGAUCCUGAUGGUUUGCAUUUUAAGAUCUUAAAAGAAAUUUCUCCAAAGAUAGUGGCUACAUUAGUUGUAUACAUCUAGAAUGGAAAUGUAAAACAUCAUCAAGGAAAAAGAAACAAGAUAACUAUAACCAGUUAGCCUAACCUCUAUCUUAGAAAAAAUGUUAGAAUAAUCAUGCAUAAUACACUGUUGGGGAUGAUAUUAGCAUGGGUAGAGGAUUGGCUAAGUAACAGAGCAUUAGGAUAAAUGGUCAUUUUCAGAUUAGCAGCCUAUAAUCAGUGGAAUACUACAAGAUCAGGCAUGGGGAAUCAGCUAUUUACAAUUUAUAUUCAUGACUCGAAUGAAGGGACCAACUGUAUUGUAGCUAAAGUUGCUAGCAAAGCAAAGGAAAGUAGGAAAGCAAAUUUGGAGGAUGCAAUGGGAUGUCAUCAGUUACUUGAGUAGGUAAAAAUUCAACAGAUAAAAUACAAUGUAGGAAGAUAUGAGGUUCACUUUGGCAUGAAGAAUGGAAAAGCAAGUUGUUGUUUAAAUGAUGAGAGACUGCAGAAUGUUGUGGUAUGCAGACAUCUGUGUGUUCUUGUAUAUGAAUCAUAACAAGCUAUCAAGUAAUUAGGAAGGCAAAGGGAAUGAUGGCCUUAAUUGAAAGGGGGAUGGAGUAUACAAGUAGUGAAAUCUUACUACAAUUGCACAGGGCCCAUUCACACAUAAAUGCAUUUUUGCUCACCUAAUGGGAGGGAUAUAUUUGCUUUAGAAGUGUUUCAGAGGAAGUCCUCUAGGCUUAUCCUGCGAUAAAGUAAUUGGUUCACGUGGAAAGGUUGAGUCUAUACUCAUUGGAGUUUAGAAGAAUGAGGGGUGAUCUUAUUAAAAUUUCGAAGAUUCUGAUGGGGCUUAACAAGAUAGAUGCUGAGUGGAUGUUUCCACCCAUAGAGCAAUCUAGAAGUGGGGGCAAAUUUUCAAACUAUGGAGUCCCCCAUUUAAGACAGAUGAAGAAUUUGUUUUGCUAGAGUUCAUUAGGCUUCAGAAUUCUUUAGCUGAGUGCUUUGGAGACUGGGUCAUUGAGUAUAUUUAAGUCUGAAUUGGACAUAGUUGUGAUGGACAAGAGAAUCAGAGGUUAGGGGAGGGCAGGCAGAAAAUUGGAGUUAAGGCCAUAAUCAGAUCUGCAUGACUCCAUUAGCUUGUGGAGUAAGCUCUAGGGGCCAAAUGACCUCUCACCUCUGUUUGCCAUGUUCUAUUUCCUGUCCUGAGGCUCAGCCUGACUUGGUACAGCCAUAAUGUUGCAUUUCACUCCAAGAUAGCUUCUGAUCGCAUAUCCACAGGGUAACCAAGACUGUGUAUAUCCGCCUCAAUAGAUAACAAAUUGUGCACUGGCUCAGCUGUUCUGCUGCUGAAAUGUUCAUCUCUACCUCUAAAUCUAGUCCUGUAUUCUCCUGGCCAAUCUCCCACCUUCCUCACUACAAAUUUUAAGCUCAUUCAAUACUCUGCAUAAUUCUCACCUCAUCUAAUUUUUCAAAGAUCUUUAUUCUUCCAAACAUAGAUUGGGUUCCUGGCAAUGCCUUGAUUUUAAAAUUCUCAUGCUUAGCUGAACUUUGAGAGGCUAAGAGAAAUGUUUGAUGAUUGUUACAUUCUGAUGUCCCAGCCAAUAUUUAUUGCCCAACUGGUGUCAAUGCAGCCGAUAAAGUGGUCAUUAUGGCCUUGCUGUUCAUGACACCUUCAUGUGUGUUACUUGGCUGUCACAAUGUUGCUUUGAAGACUUCACUUCAUUUAUUGUGAAGCUUUCAUAGCAAACUGACAUUGUGAAAGCUGCUAUACAAAUGAAAAUUCUUAUUCAGCCAUUAGACCGUGAGAUGGAUGGGUGAUUAAGUAAACAGUGCAAAUUGUACCUACUUUGAAUUAAAUUGGUGUGUUUCUUAAUAGAGUUUUUUAAAUUAGGCUUUAUUGUUGUAGAUAUGGGACAUCUUUUUGCAUGGAUUAGAUGCAACAGCUGCCUCAGUAAACACUACAGCCUUGCAGUAAGCAUAAUCUCAUUGUUUUGUGCAAUACAUUGUAAUACUUUUUAGCAAACCACAGGCACUGUUGAUUGACAGAUAGUCUCUAUCAUCCUCAAAAGCAGUAUCUGCUAUUAGUUACUUAGCCCUGAGGUAUUGCUGAAGUGCCCUGCUGUUGGGUGUGCAAACUUUUCUUGGAGCAUUUCAUCAGAGCAAAAGUUGUGUUAGGUAAGAGCAUUAAGGUUACAGAACAACGGCAAAUUGAUGGAAUUCAGAUAACAUCUGCCAUGAUCUAACCAAAUUCCUGAACAGGCUCAAUGGGUCUCCACUUGUGCCUAUAUUUCAAAUGGUUUUUACAAUCUAUUCAAUACAAUAUUUUUUUGAAAACUAAAUAUAAAAAUCAUUUCAAAAUCAUUUAGUUUGACAGAUAAAACUGACAAUUUUGUUCAAAGAUUCAUCAGAUCAUUAUCUGUCUUUGGUUGCCUUCAUGAGUUGCACAAUAUGAGGAGAGUUUGAACGUUCUGCAUCUUCUGCUGUGUUUUUGCUAUCCAGUCAGCAUAUUUAAAAUAAAGUUCUGUCAGUCUGCACUAUUUUUAAAUUAUGAUUCUGACUACUAUUACACAGGCCUUUAAAUAAUUACUUAUGGAUAAUCUGGUUUUAAUGAUUUGUGAUG